AUGGACGACGACAAGGCAGUUGCGGUUAUACCGCAGGAGAAUCAUGACUCGCCUACCAAGGGAGAUGCUGAGGCGCAAGUCUCUCCAUCCGAACAGGUUACCAGCAGACGACAGAAAUUAUCUGAUAUAUUCACUAUUUUUUGCUCGGGCUUUGCUCUCAUCUCCGAUGGCUACCAAAACAACCUCAUGACCAUGUCCAAUGUUCUCUUCAAGAAGGAAUACCCCAAAGAGUAUACCGCCUCAGUCAGCACUCGAGUGUCGAAUGCCCUUCUCGUUGGUGAGAUUCUCGGCCAGGUCGUUGUUGGUCUAACUUGCGACUACCUGGGUCGAAAGACAGCCAUCAUCCUGACUACGCUCCUUAUCGUGCUUGGCGGUAUUAUGGCGACGGCUUCGCAUGGUGUUACCAUAGAUGGCAUGUUUUGGAUGUUGACCGUGUCGAGAGGUAUCGUUGGAUUUGGAGCGGGUGGUGAAUAUCCCGCUGCCAGCACAUCCGCAUCCGAAGCCGCCAACGAACACACCCCCAAGAACCGCGGUCCUAUCUUCAUUCUCGUUACCAACCUGCCCCUCUCGUUUGGUGGCCCAUUCGCCGUGUCAGUCUUCCUCAUCGUCUUAUCUGCAGCAGGCGAGAGUAACCUUUCGACGGUAUGGCGUGUCUGCUUCGGUAUCGGCGUUCUCCUACCCCUGACCGUCUUCUACUUCCGUCUCAAAAUGCUCAACUCUAAACUCUACCGCCGCGGAGCUAUCAAGAAGCAAGUCCCAUACGGCUUGGUCAUCCGCUAUUACUGGAAGACAUUGAUCGGUACCUGCGGCGCCUGGUUCCUCUACGACUUCGUCACCUUCCCCAACGGCGUCUUCUCAGGCACAAUCAUCUCGAGUGUUGUAUCCAAGAGCGGGAACACCCUCCGCAGCACGGCCGAGUGGCAGCUCCUCCUCGGUGCCAUUGCCCUGCCCGGUGUUCUUGUCGGAGCAUUCCUCUGCGACAGAGUCGGGCGCAAGAACGUCAUGAUGCUUGGUUUCUCGGGAUAUCUAGUCUUCGGGCUCAUCAUCGGUUGUGCGUACGACAAAAUCACCGGCAUCAUUCCCCUGUUCGUCAUCUUCUACGGUCUGAUGCAGAGUUCCGGAAACCUGGGGCCAGGUGAUAUGCUUGGCUUGAUUUCCUCGGAGAGCUACGCCACCAGUGUGCGUGGAACAUGCUACGGCGUGAGCGCGGCGAUCGGAAAGACGGGCGCCGCCGUGGGAACACAGGCAUUUACGCCUAUUCAAGAACGGUUCGGCAAGAGGUGGACGUUCAUCGUUGCAGCUAUUUGUGGCGUGGUGGGCGUCUUGGUCACGUAUUUCUUUGUGCCUAAGUUGACGGGCGAAGAUCUGUCCAAGCGGGAUGAGGAGUUUAGAGCGUAUUUGUUGGCGAAUGGGUGGAAUGGCGAGAUGGGUGAGGCUGAUUUGAAGGCGUUGGCUGAGGAUGUUGACGAGGAGGUUGUGUCUGGGAAUCAGGAGAAGGGAGUCAAAGUGGCGGCGUAG